AUGAAAUCGAUAACAUAAUUAAAGGUUUAUGUUGAAUUGACCCUUGCGAGUCAAGUUUACUAAAUUAAAUCUAAUAGUCAUUAGAACAAGUUAAAUAGAUAGUAAAAGAUAUUUUGGAAGAACAAAAACAACAAACAGAUUUAAGAUCAACUGAUUAUUUAUAAAUUCAAAAACCUUUAACAUAAAAGUAUAGAUUUUACAAAAACCAAAGCAUCUAAAUUUCGUAAAACUAACUCUAUAGCCAUUCACUUUAGAACGGAUAUAGCAAUACCGAAUAAUAUAUCCUUAAGUUUCACAGACCAGAGAUAGCUUGGACAAGAAAUAUAUUUAAAACUUUUGAAAUUAAGCAUACAUUUUUCCUAAAUCUUAAAUUAUAGGAAAACUCUAAAUAUAUAAUAAACAUUUUAAUCUAACGCAAUCCCUAAGUAAGAUAUAUCUACUUAAUAAAAGGUUGAGACAUCGUAGAAGAAUAAUGAAAUAGUAAAAAGAAGGAACUUUUGUAAAUAAAGAAUAAAUACAAAAUUUUUUUUCUAAUAAAAACAAGCUUGUUAAAGAUGUCGAAGAUCUCUCCUUUGAUCGAGGAAAAUUGAAUUGA